AUGUCUGACACCCCAAAACUACGAUCAAGCAUAGAUCGCCCAGACCUACGCAAAAUCAGUAAUCCUUCGCCAGUGCAUUCCAAGAUACAGCAUUCUCCUUCCCUUCCCAAUAUUUUUUUUCCAUCUUAUUCUCAUACUGGACUUGACGCGAAAGGAAUGUCGGCAAUAGCACAAUCUUUUAGGUGUAGACCAUCUGCUCCGCCCUCUCCUAGAAUGGAUUCUGCCGAUGACUCUGUCGACAAGACUGUUCGUCCACGACACGUAAAACGCCGUACUGAGCGCGACCAACCACACUCACUUUUAACACCUCCACUGACCCCGUCGUCAAGCAUCCGAACGACCACCAGUGACUCCACCAGUUACGACGCAAGGCAGGUGCUGUGCUCUGACGACACUCAUUACGACGAAGAAAUAUUUGAUCUUGACGAAGAAAGCACGCGAGUCUUACUGCUCGGAAAUGUGAACCGCCAUCUUUUUGCUGAGGAUUUGAAGUUAGCAAUCGUCGAUAUAAUUCAUUCGGCCAUCGCAGAGAAGAAAGUGGGCGAGGAUGUUAUUAAGGAAAGGGCAGCACAUCCUUUUCCCCCAGAUGAAUUUUUGAAAGGCAUCAACGAGCGUCAUUUGGCAUCGAAGGGUAUCAUCCCCGUCGUGUUUUUCGACGUUCGCAUGGCAAAGUUGGCCAAAGAAUUGCUCACCGUCACUGAUUGUGAUCGUUUGUCUCAAUGUAUUGACAAGGUGGUGGACAAGAACGGUCACCGACUUGGGCUGUCGGGUAGGUUUGUUACGUUGGAAGAACUAACAGAGUCAAUGGGUUACUCCACGUUCUUAGACUCCGUCGAUGGACAAUUUACUUUGGUAGUGCAAAAGGACAAAGUCGAUGUCGCGUUCCAUGAGAAUACAACCCAAGCAUUGGAAAAGGAUCUUACUGCAGAAUCCUCUGCCAGUGCCAAUUUGCGCGAAGGCAUUAAUGUUCGCACUAUCCAAAAUGUUCUAAAAUCUAUUGGCUCUGUCCGUUCAUUCAAAUUUAUCCGCCAACAUGAAGACAAGGACGGUCAUAUCUCCUUCUUCUAUACUGUAGAAUAUCACGAUUCCAGAGUGGCAUCGAUUGCCUGUAAAGAAUUGUCGAAUCAAACUGUGCUCGGAAUGAAAUUUAGUACGCUCCGCAAAAACAGCUCUCCGAAUCCUGACCAACAAUCGAAUUCAAAUACUUUAUUGCGCACCACACCAUUCUCAAAUACUCCGAGUGCGGGAGAAUCAUUCGGUGACUUGAACUUUGGAUCAGCAGGUUCUAAGUCAAACAUCCGUCAGCGCUUCAACUUUCCUCCUGCUAACGGAAACCUGUCCAAAGAACGCGAAGUCCAGGAUAUCAUUUAUCAAAACCCCAAUCCCGUCCCUGGAAGAGAAUCAUCAUCUCCACAAUACUUCUAUAACACACAAUUUGUCAACACCACAAGCCAUCCAGCUUACAUUCCAGAAUCAUUUGCUGGACAUCCGUCUUCGCUCACAGCGUGCUAUGAUGGAGCUUGUUGGUAUUGUCCGUCAACCAGACCUGUCGUCAAUAAUCAAAGCUAUCAUCCAUAUGUUGUACCCCCAACGCCGUCUCCUGUUUACUAUCCAAGCAUUGCGGCGUCUCCUAUCCCUACCGUGAUUAAUUCUCCAAUGUCUCCUCCCCCCCCUUUCUUUCCUUACGAGUAUAUGGACCCUCAAAUCCAAGCCAUGCCCAGCGUUUCACCUUGGGUUGUUGAUCCUGCAAUACCAGGAGUGGCACCUGGACCUGCCGCCUUUAUGCCUCUCGUCGCCAUGCAUGGGUUAUCCCCUGUGCCGUAUUACAUGCAGGACGAAGCCUAUUUACCUACACCUAGACAAUAUCACCCUGCUACUCGUCGUGGUCAUUCUUCCGAUGUUUCUCUCCGUCAACAGCACCUGUCAAAUGUCAUUGAACGUGAUAUUGAACCCCCAGUGUCGCCACCGCCAUUUGCUCAUAUCUCUGAGUCGACGCCAGAACCCGAACGUACAGAAAGCCAAUUCUCGCGCUCUCUAGUCAGUCAUGAAUCGAUGUCUUCCACGGGCGCCAAUCCAGUUUCGGGGCAAACGGAUAAGCACCAGCUUAAUCUUGCAAAAAUAGCGGAGGGUGGGGACACCCGAACGACUGUUAUGAUCAAGAACAUCCCGAACAAAAUGAGCGACGUUGAUCUUACUUCGUAUAUAGCCAAAGUCUGUCCAAGGAGGAUCGAUUUUCUCUAUCUACGUAUGGACUUCAAAAAUAAAUGUAAUAUGGGAUAUGCAUUCGUAAAUUUUAUUUCCGUCGAAGAUUUGCUUCAUUUUGCAAAUGAACGCCUUGGACAAAAGUGGAACAUGUUCUCGAGCGAGAAAGUUCUCCAGAUGAGCUAUGCUACUUACCAGGGCAAAGAAGCUCUCAUUGAAAAGUUUAAAAAUUCGGGCAUCAUGGACGAGCGAGAAGCCUGGCGUCCAAGGAUCUUCUAUUCAUCUGGAAAAGAUCAAGGGUUACCUGAACCUUUCCCCGCUCCCACACAUAUUGGUAGGAAGGAGCGUAGUUCAUUCAACCGCAGGACGCUCUUUCCACCAGGCGCCAAUUCGCACACACAUCAAAUGGGUUUACUGCACAACACACCUCGGCGCUAUAUGGAAGAUACUCGCACAUUGCAACAUCGCUCAGGAAUGGAUCGUAAUUCCUCCCAUCUUCGCGAGGGUCGAACAACGGAGUCAGGUGGGCCACGGCACGAAGAUCGUGUAGACAAGUCCGCAACGUCUAAAAUUACACCUUUCCGAAGAGGCGGUUAA